UGUGACAGCCAUCCUCCAAUGUGCUCAGUCAGUGGCUAUCGAGAACGGUCGUUAUUGCACCUGCUUCUGUAGUGGUCGUUGGGUAGCAUCCAUCCAGUACGCGCGAGAAGACACUGUGGACCGUCAGAAACAUAAGUGACAAAACUUUAAAGAUCCGAAGAGAUCGUUUUACGCCAUGGACGUAAGACUGCAUCUGAAGCAAAUUGCUUUGCUGUGUUUUAUCUGCCUGUUUUUAACACCUUGUGGAUUAGCCUGUGGUCCUGGUAGAGGUUAUGGAAAACGAAGACACCCAAAGAAAUUAACACCGUUGGCUUACAAGCAAUUCAUUCCCAACGUGGCUGAGAAAACCCUUGGGGCCAGCGGCAAAUACGAAGGCAAAAUCACAAGGAAUUCUGACAGAUUUAAAGAGCUGAUUCCCAAUUAUAAUCCCGAUAUCAUCUUUAAAGACGAGGAAAACACAAAUGCUGACAGACUGAUGACACAGCGCUGCAAGGACAAGUUAAACUCGUUGGCGAUAUCCGUCAUGAACCAGUGGCCGGGCUUGAAACUGCGCGUCACGGAAGGCUGGGAUGAGGACGGUCACCAUUUCGAAGAAUCUUUGCACUAUGAGGGACGGGCGGUGGACAUAACUACUUCAGACAGAGAUAAAAGCAAGUAUGGGAUGCUGUCAAGGCUUGCAGUGGAAGCAGGAUUCGACUGGGUCUAUUACGAAUCUAAAGCCCACAUACAUUGCUCUGUCAAAGCAGAAAAUUCAGUUGCUGCUAAAUCAGGGGGAUGCUUUCCUGGAUCUGGUACGGUGACACUUGCAGAUGGGAGGAGGAAACAUAUAAAAGAUCUCAAAGUGGGCGAGCGGGUUUUAGCAGCGGACGAGAAGGGAAAUGUCUUGUUUAGCGACUUUAUUAUGUUUAUGGACCACGAUCCGACAACGAGAAGGCAAUUCCUCGUCAUCGAGACGUCGGAGCCUUUUAAUAAACUCACCCUCACAGCAGCGCACCUAGUUUUCACGGGGAACGGUUCAGUUAUGAGAGCAACAUUUGCCAGCAAUGUGAUGCCUGGAGACACUGUUUUAGUGUCCGAAGGCAUACACAAGACCCUCGAGAGCGUUACAGUGACGAGGAUUUACACUGAAGAAUACGAGGGCUCGUAUGCGCCAGUCACCGCUCACGGAACAAUAAUAGUGGAUCAGGUGCUGGCUUCGUGCUACGCGGUUAUAGAGAAUCACAAAUGGGCACAUUGGGCUUUUGCACCGGUCAGGUUAAGUCACGAGUUGAUGACGUGGAUUUUUCCAGCUCGUGAUUCAAACGUCACUUUUCAGGAGGACGGCAUCCACUGGUACUCCAAUGUGCUUUUUCACAUCGGCUCUUGGCUGCUGGACAGAGACUCUUUCCAUCCACUCGGGAUUUCACACUUGAGCUGA